AUGAAGGUUCUUCUGUUCAUUGCUCUGUUGGGUAUAACCACCGCUGACCAACGUCCUCCCUCAAGUUAUGGAGCUCCAAAUGGGGGUUUUGGUAAUGGCUUUGGUGCCUCAAAUGGAGCCCCAAGUAAUGGUUACACAGCUCCAGGAAAUAAUGGCUUCGGAGCUUUUGCAAGUAAUGGAAAUGGGGCACCCUUUGGCAAUGGGUUCGCAGGUGCACCAAGCAAUGGAUAUGGAGCUCCCCCAAGUUCUUAUGGACUAGAUCCGGAGCUGCUUGCUCUGCAGGAGAACAUCCCCGGAGGUGGCGUCCCGGUAGACUACCCAGUCUUGUCUUCUCCACCAGACACUGGCUUCUCUUGUGAUGACCAGGCCGUGGCUGGUUAUUACGCUGACACCGCCCCUGAUGCCAGCUGCCAGGUGUUCCACAUUUGUCAGGACCGUGCCGUCAGACGCCAGAAGGACUCAUUCCUGUGCCCCAAUGGUACCAUCUUCAAUCAGCAGUACCUGGUGUGUGACUGGUGGUUCAACGUAGACUGUUCUCAGGCUGAGAACUUCUACUCUGUCAACGAACAAAUCGGCGUCGUCCCCAGUGCUGGCUAUGGUUAUGGUCCUAUUGCUAACAGUAUUUUUAAUGGAAACGGUAAUGGAAAUGGUAACAGGUAUAAUAAUGGUAAUAGGCCCAAUGGCAAUGGUAACAGGUAUAAUAAUGGUAAUAGGUCCAAUGGCAAUGGUAAGAGAAGAAAUGGGAAUGGAGCAAGUCGUUAUGGCUCCAGUGGAAAUGGUAGGAAUGGCAAUGGUGCCAAUGGUUAUAGAAGGAAUGGGAAUGGAGUCAGCAAUGGGUAUAGUGCUCCAGCUGCUCCCUCCACUGCCUAUGGAACUCAGUUUUAA